UCGGCGGGCGCCGAAGCCCGACCUGGCAGGACCCCGGAGUAACGGCCGGCCGCGGCCCGGAGUGGCCCGAGAGUGGCCAUGGCGCAAGGCCGGGAGCGCGAAGAUACCUCCACGCACUUCACCAACGCCUCCCUGUCGGUGAGAUGGGUGCAAGGAUUCCCGAGUCAGAACGUCCAUUUCGUCAACGACCACACCAUCUGCUACCCUUCUGGGAACUACGUAAUAUUCAUUAACCUUGAAACCAAGAAGAAGACUGUGCUCCAGUGUAUCAACGGGAUUGUGGGCGUCGUGGCAACUAGCGUUCCUGGUGAAGUGGUGGCUUUCUCUGACCGCAGAUUAAAACCUGUCAUCUACCUCUACAGUUUUCCUGCACUGUCCAGAAAAAACAAGUUGAAAGGCAACAUCCUCCUGGACUACACUUUGCUUUGCUUCAGCUACUGCGGCACCUACCUGGCCAGUUACUCGUCUCUUCCCGAGUUUGAGCUGGCCCUCUGGAACUGGGAAUCCAGUGUCAUCUUGUGCAAGAAGUCAAAUCCCGGAAUGGACGUGAGCCAGAUGUCCUUCAACCCCAUGAACUGGCAUCAGAUGUGUUUGUCAAGUCCAAGCAUAGUGAGCGUGUGGACCAUUGAGAGAAGUAACCAGGACCAUCACUUCAAGAUGAGGUUGGUCAAGCUACCUCUGGAAGACGGGUCGCUCGCCAGUGAAACAGACCUCCUGUUUCCCACCUCACUGAGCAAGAAUCUCAUUUACGGGCCCGUUCUGCCACUGUCGGCCAUUGCCGGGCUGGUGGGCGAAGAGGCCGAGACGUUCAGGCCGAAAGAUGAUAUCUACCCUCUGCUCCACCCGACCAUGCAUUGCUGGACUCCGUCGAGUGACCUGUACGUUGGGUGUGAAGAGGGUCAUUUUCUGACAAUUAACGCAGAGACUCUGAAGGUGACUGUGCUCCAGAAGGUGGAGGAGAUAUCACUGCUGGAUGGAGGCCCACUUAUCAGUCCGCUCACACUGGUGUACCAGAAGGACGGCGUGCUCACUUCUGGAAUUGACGGCAUGAUAUACUCAUUCAUCGUCAAAGAUUCCAAGUACCAGGUGAAAAAUUUUGUUGAGGUUGAUGCGCCAGUGGCAAAUUUGGUGUUUUCCCCUAGUUACAAGAUGUUGCUGAUUCAAACGGACAAGGGGACUGUUUAUACCUACACAUUUGGUGCAGAGCCAGCACUAGAUAAAGUCCUAGAAGCCUGUGAUGGGAAAGUCCAGGCAAUGGACUUCAUCACACCUGGAACCAAAUAUUUCCUGACGCUCACAAAUUCAGGGGAAGUUUCUAUUUUGUGGAUAGAGGAUUGCACUUGUGCAAGCAAGCUUUGGCUGGGAACUCCCGCAACAACUCUAGCAUGCUCCCCUUCCUCUGGGUCGGCUGUCGUGGGGACAGUGGAUGGCUGUCUAUACUUCCUGGACGUCCACAACGUGGAGGCCCUUCGGGUGAUUCACACGCUCUUCCUCUCCGAGUCACCGGUGAAGAUCUUGACCUAUGACCAGCGAGGAGUUUUCCUGUUGGCCGGUACAGUCGAAGGGAACAUCUUUGUUAUUGAUGCCAGACCCUCGAGCUCAUUUAAGAUUUUCGGAUACACUGGGACGAACAAAGACAUUCUGCAGAUAUCCACGGUGUCCCUCCCCAUGUCGGACGUGGUGGAAGUACUGGUGCUAUCCCCACUUCCAGAACUAAGAAGCAGGCUGGAGUACUUCGUCCUGCCUACCAGGCUCUCAGAAGUUCCUAGCGCCAUCUCUGAUGAAAGAGGAAGGCUGAAGGACAGCUUCAUCCACAAGUUCCUGUACGAGGUGGAGCACCCUCUGUCCUCCGCUGUGCUCGGCUUUGAAGGCGACAAGAUCUAUGGCUUCUGCAGCCAUGUGCCAUACAUCUGCAGCUAUCUGAUACCCGAGAAGAAUCACAUUGGUGUCUGCGUACUCAAGCCACACCAAAAAGUCCAAACCAAACAGUACGGAUCUGGAAUGAUCUCCAUGUCUUCACAUGGAUUAUGGCUCCUGACAAUAGCCAAAUGUGGAUUUCUCUGUGUCCGAGAUAUUUUCAGUCUGGAAACGUUUGCCCGGUGUCGGAGUCAUUCUCACCAGGGGCACGGGAUCCAGUACAUAAAAAUGUCCAUGGAUGGCCAGCACAUCCUGGUGAACGGGAAAGAUGACGGCACCCUCGUCUACCUCAAGUGGAAGCGGCUUGGAGCAAACUUAGCAAAUGAGAUCAUUGAACACUGCCAACAACUAAUAGCCAGUCUGAGCAAAACGGUGGAAAAAGAAAAUGAAUAUUUAGUCACAUCAGGAGUUUCCCAAGAUGUGAAGCAAGAAGAGGAGCCAACAGAAUCCGGUCUGAGCUUGGACUCAUCACAAGAGGAAUUAGCUAUCCAUUCUGACAAGGAAAUUUCUUGGAUCCAACAAAAAAGUAAAGAGGCCAUCAAAAACGAGGUCAGACUGUUUUCACAGAAAAGAAAAGAGAUCAAAAGAGGAAUCAAGGAGCUUUCUCGAACUAUUACGGACAUGAUGGAAGAAAAUAAAAAAGUGGAACCAAUUGCAAAGUUAGAGGAACAGGAAUUCUGCCUGGACCUUGAGGAGCUGGAGAGGCUUCACGAUGAGAGCGAGGAGGAGGUGGCAAAGAUAAGAAAAGAUGUGGAGAUGCAUAACUUGGCCAAGAGCUAUUUAACUGAGCUCAUCCGGGAGGAGUGCUGGAAUUCCAUGGCUGUGAAGGGCCGAGCUCUGAAGUGCUUCCAUAUCCCCUAUGUGGUUGAGAACUUCCCCAUGAAAGCGCGUACAGAAGAAGAGCUGCAGCAGUUGAACAGAGUUCUGCAGGAAAAGAAGACCGAGGCAGAGUGUCUUAAGCUACGGAAGGAAAUUGUAGAAGUCCAGUCUUCGGCCACUAUGCUUAAAAAGCAUCAUGACGAGGAGGAUGAAGAAGAAGAAGAUGAAGAAAAUGUAGUAAAAGACACCAGCCUGCCCAACUACAUGCUUGGUAGUUUGAGUACUGAUUUUGGGGCAGAUACGUCUCUGUUGACAAGUCAAUUGGAACUUCAUUCCAGAGAGGAGAAAAUCAACCAAAUUAUAUUACUAAAAGAUAUCAUUUACAAGGUAAAAAAGGCUUUCAACAGCGAAUUUGAUGCCGCCUAUAAACAAAAAGAGAUUGAAAUUGCACGCGUGAAAGAAAGGAAUGUUAGAAUUGAAGAAAUUAUUACAGACCUGGAACUGGAAGAAAAGGUCUGGCAACCAGUGUUUGAAGACUGUGAGAAGCCAGAAAGAGCCCUUGUUGUGGAAGAUGAUGAGAUUUCAUUUCAAAAAUUCCUUGCUCCAUGGCAAAAAUCGAAAACAGAAAUGACCACACCCUUUGAAAUGGAGCACCUGGUUCUCUCCCAGGCCUCCGAAGCAAGACAGAGAGGCCUGAUGGACAUGAUGGGAGGUGUUCUGGAAGUCAAGAAGGAAGACAUCUUGAGAAUGGUGAUCCCACAACCUGCUUUCAUGAUAAAAUCUGAUGCUUUGUGGAGUGAAGAAGAAAGGAAACAAUUCAAAGAGUAUGAGAAAAAAGUCAAGGAGCUAAAUGAAGAGAGAGAUAAGUACAGAAAGUCUUUAGAAACUGAACUGAAGAAACUUCAAAACUCUAUCCAAGAAAGCACCCAGAACUUUGACGAGCACUUGAAGAGACUCUUCGAAAGAAGAGUGAAGGCGGAGAUGGUUGUCAACCAGGAGGAGCUGAAAAUAAACAACCUUGUGUUUUCUUUGCUGCUGGACGAAGAACUGAGCUCCAGGGAGCAGUUCCUGAACUAUUACCUUCUGAAGAAGCAGGAGGAGAAAAGCAAGACUGCAGAAGCCAUCCAUAAAGCUAGAGGAGACCUGGAUGUGUUCAAGGAGCACCAUGACAACUUGGUGGCAGAAGACAAAAUUCUGGAUCGCAGCUUCAAAAAGGAAUUUUCUGACAUUUCUGGUCACCAGGUGGACAUACUCUACAAACUUUUUAAACGCCGGCCAAGGAUUCACAAACAGAAAACACAUGCAGAUGUGAACAGUCUUGUUCCUUAUGGAGAGCGACCAGGAUCUGGCAAGUUAAAUAAGGAGAACUUUACCCAGCUAAUGAAAGCCAUGGAUGAACUGGACAAUAUCAGUAACAUGCCAGAAGGUUUGGACCCCUUCGUCUGGGAACAUUUCUGCACAACCAGACGAGCAAAAGUGGAAAAUGAAUACAAAGUCAAACAGAAGGCUGCUGGUCUCCAGGAAAUGACGACUUUUCUCCGGAGGAGAGUGGAGGACGAUGAGGCCGUGCAGCAUGAGAUUGAAAAGGUGUUCCAGGAGCUCCUCCGAUUACAGGAGGAGAAAGUGAGAUUCCAGGUGAACUUGACAAUACAAAUUCUUCUUAAACAAGGACAAGUAGAACUGGAGAAUUUCCAGUUGAUUCUGGAAUAUUCCGAUGCAAUUCUCAUCAAUAAGAACAUAAUUGAAGACUUGAAUUCUGUGAUCCGGGCUCAAGGACAAAAGAAAGUUGCCAGCAUGAUGGAAAGUAAAGAAGUCCACAAAGGAAUCUAUCAGAUCGAGUGGGAACACAAGAAAAUGGAAAUGGAAAUGGAAGAUCUGAAUCAGAAGGCCUGGGACAUCCAGAUGCUGUUCUUCUCGCGAGAUCGUCAAAAGUACCUAAAUGAACCAAACUACGAGAAUCUGAUUGCUAUUCAGAUUGGAAUAAUGGAGCAAACGAUUAAUGUUAUAGAUAAGACUCACAGGAAGAACGUAGAAAACUGCAAAAAAUUACUUAAAAAAUUGGGAAGAUACAAUAAUCAGAAAGACAUAGCAAAUUACAUGCUGAGCUGCAAUCUGCGGGAAGAACUAGUAGCUGUCUCCGAGAGACAAGACAUUUGCAAUGAAAUGGGGUCUAAACUGACUUGUGAAAAGAUUGCCAAAGAACAGUAUGAAAACCUGCUGAAAAAACAGAAGCUGACGAAAAUCUCCAAGCAGCAAGCUGAGCAGAUUUCAAUACUGCAGGCUGAAGUUGAAAGGCUAAGAAUGAAAACAUUCCCUGCCCUUGUUCCCAUGUAGAACACCAGCCAGAGCAGGAGGCAAACUAGUUACUCCAAAAUAGUGUCACUUGGAUAAAAAUGACUUUCUUUCUCGUAUCAGGGAAUUUAAGUAGGUUACCUCUUAGCUGCACAUUUUUAAUAAAUUAAGUUUAGGUUAAUCAGUAUAUAAC